AUGCCCGAGGGUUACGAUUACAAGAGCAGCGGUACCAACGACCAGGGUAACCACUACUGCAGCCGCGACUAUGGCGACUCGGCUCCCAACCAAAACGCCUACCACUAUUCCAACAACGAUGGGAGCUAUUACUAUUCCAACUCGAACGGGUCGACCUAUUACAACGACGGGCAGGGGAAUGCCAACUACAACCCUCCUUCGGGCAAGUGA